GGUGAGCUGGCCUGCCAGUACUUCUCACUGUCCGCCAUGUCAGAGCCGGAGGAUGACGAGACCUGCUGGCACCGCCUGGAGAGCUUCUGGGUGAAGCUCAUCUCAGUGAUUGAGCCCUCCCGGCUCACGCCCUACCUCCGGCAAUGCAAAGUGAUCAGCCACGAUGAUGAGGAGCAGGUGCUUAAUGACCCCAGCCUUGUCAUCCGCAAGCGGAAAGCAGGUGUCCUCCUGGAUAUACUCCAAAGGACAGGACGGAAGGGCUUUGAGGCAUUUCUGGAGAGCCUGGAGCUGUACUACCCCCAGCUCUAUAAGAAGAUCACGGGCAAGGAUCCCAGCAGGGUCUUCUCUCUGAUUAUAGAUAAUGCUGGGGAGUCGGGCCUGAGCCAGCUGCUGAUGAACGAGAUCACCAAGCUGCAGGGAGCUGUGCAGGAGGAAAGGAGGAAGGCGCAGGAGCUGAGCCUGUGGCUGCGUGCCAAGGAGGACCUGCUCAAGGAGAUGCGAGUGCGGGACAGCCUGCUGCGUAAGCACCAAGAGCGGGCCCAGAAGAUGAAGGAGGAGAGGGACAGCCUCAGCCAGGAGCUGCGCAGGGCCAGGGACGACAACUAUGAACUGGCCAUGAGCUAUGCCAAGCAGAGCGAGGAGAAGAGCACGGCCCUCAUGAGGAACCGUGACCUGCAGCUGGAGGUCGACCGGCUGCGGCACAACCUGAUGAAGGCAGAGGAUGACUGUAACCUGGAGCGGAAGCACACAAUGAAGCUGAAGCGUGCCAUGGAGCAGCGCCCAAGCCAUGAGGUGGUGUGGGAGAUCCAGCGAGAGAAGGAGCUGCUGCUGGCCAAGAACCAGGAGCUGGAGAACACGCUGCAGGUGGCCACAGUGGGGAGCUCGGAGAAGAGCAGCCUGUACAUCCAGGCCCUGGAAGAGCGUCAGGAGCUGGUGGAAACCAUCUACAGCCUACGCAAACAUCUGCGCCAAGCCGAGUUGUUGCAGGACAAGCAUAAUGUGGAGAAGGAGCUGCUGGAGCUACAGAGCCUGGCACUGAAGAAGGACUUGCAGAUGUACAAGGACCGCAUCGAGGCCAUCCUGAAGCAGAUGGAGGAGGUGGCUGCAGAGAGGGACCAGGCACUGCUGACCCGUGAGCAGUUCCACAUGCAGUUCUCUAAGAGCGUGGUGGAGAAGGACGCCUACCGCAAGCAGGUCCGGGAGCUGGGGGAGCGGUGCGAUGAGCUGCAGCUCCAGCUGUUCCAGAAGGAGAGCCAGCUCCUAGCCAUGGAGGCCAAGCUGCACCUGGAGCCCCAUGCAUUGACCUCUGACCCGGAUGACACCUCCUCCUGGAGCUCCCAGGAACUUUCUCUGCCCAGAAACCUGGAGGACCCGCAGCUCUCUGAUAAGAAAAACCGCCUGGAGGGGCAGGACCAGCCAUUUAGCGACUUGGAGAGUGCAUCGCUGUUGCAGGUGCCGAAUAACCGCAGCCCACCCAAUGGGGAGCUGGCGGAGAAGGAGCGGCGGCGGAUGAAGGACAGCUUUGAGCAUUACCGAAGAAAGAGGGCAAUGCGGAGGGGGAGGAAGCACCAGCAGCACGAAGCGGACUGGGACAACACCACCGGCAGCGACAACACAGACACGGAAGGGCCCUAACCGCCCGCUGGGUUGUGUACACGGCUGCCCUGCCCUGCAAACUGAUUGCUCGGCCAUGCAAAGCCUCUGAAAUGCCUUGAUGGCGCUUGGCAGCUAAAGUCGCGAGGCUGGACCCCGGUACCCGGCCUUCCUGUGGCCAGGUCAAGUGGUGAAGAGCCGUGGCAAUGGAGCCC